AUGGACAGAAGAAACCAGACCAGCAUCUAUGAAUUUCUUCUCACCAGCUUCUCUGAGUGGCCAGAGAAGCAACCUCUCCUGUUUGGGCUUUUUCUGGGCAUGUACCUGGUCACCAUUGUGGGGAACCUGCUCAUCAUCCUAGCCAUUGCCUCUGACCCACACCUCCACACCCCCAUGUACCUCUUCCUAGCCAACCUGUCCUUUUCUGACAUUGGUUUUAUCUCCACAAUAAUUCCCAAGAUGCUAGAUAAUAUUGGCUCAGGAAGUAAACUGAUUUCUUAUGGUGGGUGUCUGACACAGUUUUAUUUCUUUGGCCUGUUUGCAGAUCUGGACAACUUUCUCCUGACUGUGAUGGCACUUGACCGCUAUGUGGCCAUCAGCCACCCCCUCCAUUAUGCCAUGACCAUGAACUCCCAACGGUGUAUCCUGUUGGUGACUGGGUCUUGGGUGGUCACUACCUUCCAUGCCCUAGUGCAUACCCUCCUGGUGAUGAGGCUUUCUUUCUGUGGCCCCAAUAUCAUCCCCCAUUUCUUCUGUGAUCUGGUCCCACUCCUGAAUCUGGCCUGCUCCAGUACUUAUGUCAAUGAGCUGGUGCUCAUCCUUGUGGCAGGAACAUUGCUAAUUGGACCCUUCAUCUGCAUCCUUACAUCUUACUUUUAUAUUGCUUUGGCUAUUCUAAGAAUCAGUUCCACAAAGGAAAAGGUAACAGGAGGGUUCGUAGGACAAGCUGUAGUCCCCAUUGCUACAGUUUGCCUCAAGAUUGUAGUUAAAAUGUCGUCCCCUCCACCAGAUCUCCCUUCUACUUGUUCCGUGCUUCUACUGAUCUAG